AUUGCCGAGCGAGGUUCGUAAUAGUCUCCGCUUCUGUGCGAAUUUACAGCUCCGUGCGGCAUAGUACAGCGCAUAUACACACCUAUAUACAAAAUACAUAUACUUUCUCUCUCUCUCUCACACACACACGCGUACGCAAACAGCAGCCGAGCAUUACACACAGAUAGUUGCAUCGCGCUCGACGGCCUAUUACACAGUGCGUGCACCGAUUGUUUUGCUCCUUUUUUCUUUAAAAUCAUUCGAAUUAUUCCAAAAGCUCGUGGAAAUCGUUGCGCCGCUUUCAAAGCUUUGACAUCGCUCUUCGUCGUGCAUCGUACGAGCCAACGAACGUCGAUAAGGUAGUUCUCUCUUUCGAACCUAGCCUGAAAGUCGCGCGCGAGCUUGCUACCGCAGUUGUGUGUAUUGUACUUGAGCUCGUAUAGCCAAGCUGUGAGGGGACGAUCGUUCGACAUUAAACACAAACAAAUACAGCUAGUAAAAUUGCCUCGUUGACGUCGUUUUGCCGAAUGAAUCGCUGAGAAUCGAUCGACAAACAAGUGUGUAUACAAGCGGCUUGCAAUUGCGGACGAGCAGUGACGGCAGUGUGAAGCCAGAAAGAGCCAGUGAGUGUACGAGCGAGAAAGAGGGAGAGAAAAAAAGGAAAAAAGAGAAAGAAAGCCCGAGGAAUAAAGGCAGAGUGGAUGGCGUUCCAACGGGGCUGUAGAAAAAAGCAGUCGCUCGUCUGGCUGCGACCACUAUUGCGAUUCAAUACCGACGACGUUUGAUAACAACUUCUUUUUCUUCUUCUUCUCUCUCUAUAUAUCUCUGCUUGUAUAGCCGUGAGUAAAGUUGCAGCUGCAACAACAACAUUUACUACUACUCCUACUACGACUACUACUACUACUACUACUACUGUUACUGCUGCGACAAAAGUGACACGAGUGAGAAAACGAGUUGGAUUACCAACCAGCUAGAGAGAAAUAGCAACAAAAAAGUGUGUCUGUGAAAACGUUCGAAAAGGCGCAUACGAAUAUUGCAUACGUAGGCCUGAGUGUUAAAUGUGUUUGAGUGUUUGAAAAAUUUCCCGCUUAAAUAAAUAAUCGUGCGCAGAGACUGCAAAAAAAGCAGUUAUUCGCGUGCAUCAGUGGGUUUAUUGUGCAUCGACAGAAAAGAGAAAAAAAAACAGUGCGUUAUUAUAGUUGUGUGCUUCUGCCGCUCGCUGCGAGGAUAAAGAAGACAAAAAAUCGUUACCUCGCGAUUUAAAAAAAGAAGCCAAGAGAAAAAAGAACAAGCUCGCCUUCUGCUAUACUUUUGGUUUUGCGUGUGUCGUGUCGCGCGGUAUUGUUGUUGACCAUCGCUGUGUCGCAUCCCUGCGAAACCACCAACAACCAUCAGGCGAGCCAGCAGCAAUAUCUUCGCCGCCGCCGUGUCUUCUGCAGGCGAGUUGGACGGAGACAGAGCGAGAGCGGGAAAAAUGUAUCCGAGCGCCGGAAUCAAUGCGGCCGCUGCAGCGGCGGCCGCAGCUGCUAGGCAUCCGGGUCCACCGCAGGCCGGCCAGCAGUUCAAAUUCACAAUCCUCGAGUCGUGCGAUCGAAUCAAAGAGGAAUUCAAUUUCCUCCAAGCACAGUACCACAGCUUUAAAUUGGAGUUCGAGAAACUUGUCAGUGAGAAAAUUGAAAUUCAGAGGAAUUGCGUUAUGUACUACGAAAUGUCAUACGGUCUCAACGUCGAAAUGCACAAACAGACGGAAAUAGCAAAGCGGUUGAAUGCGAUAAUUGCGCAAAUUCUACCGUUCCUAUCACAGGAACACCAGCAGCAAGUGGCCACGGCGGUCGACCGUGCAAAGCAAGUCACCAUGACCGAGCUCAACGCAAUCAUUGGACAACAGAGGCCUGAUCUGCCAAGGUUACUGCAACAAAUGCACGCGCAACAACUGCCACCAGGUGCAGCAAUGGGCCCACACCCAGGACUGCCAGGCUUGCCAGGUUUGGGACCGGGUGCUGGUCUGCCAGUGCCAACAUCGGCUUCAGCGGCACUCUUGGGCCUCGGUCUGCCACCAGGAGCCGCAGCAGCUCCGGGUAGCUCGGCUCACCCACUCGGUAUGCUUGCCAAACCAGAAUUACACAGAGGCGCGCCCGACGAUCUUAAAACUAAUGGUGGUUUGAAUCCAUCGGAAGAGAGACAUAGAAAUUCGAUAUCACCUGCUGAACGUGAAAAAUAUUCCAGGCCACGAAGUACGCCUGAAUCUCAGCAUCACGAUCACAUACAUUUGAAAAAAUUGAAAAAAGAACAAGACAAAGACAUCAGUCACCAGAGCGACGGUGAGAAGAGUGAUCAAGAUCUCGUUGUUGAUGAUGCAAGUGAGGAUGGACGCAAUGUCAAUAGUCCUGCUGCCAACGGUACUACGUCGCCACGAGAAAAUGGCUUAGAAAAAUUAGGUCCAUCUUCCGUGGGGCUUGGUGGCAGCGUCAAAAAAGAGGCACCACCUCCGUCGCCUCGAAGUGGAACGAGUAGUAAUGCUAGCACACCAUCGGCCAAAAAAAUGGAAGAGAGAGAAAAACCAACCACGCCGAUAUCCAAGCCCGUCACACCUACUUCUGCCGGAGGCAGCAGUUCUGGUUCAAGCGGUCUCAAGGCCUCAAGCUCGUCAAAACCACUUGUAUCGGCUUCAGCCAUGGGACCUUACCCGCCUCAUUAUCCACCACAUCAUCCACCAGCUGGUCCACAUGUCGAUAUGCUUGGUUAUCCACCAGGAGCUCUUAAUGGGUACCCAGCUCGACCACCUCUACAACAGCUGUAUGAUCAUCAUGGUAAUAUGAGGGCACCUCUUGGACCUUUAUCUGUACCCGGUGGAAAACCAGCAUAUAGUUUUCAUGUAUCAAGUGAAGGACAAAUGCAACCGGUGCCCUUUCCGCCAGAUGCCCUUAUUGGGCCUGGAAUACCUCGCCACGCGAGACAAAUCAACACAUUAACCCAUGGCGAAGUAGUGUGCGCAGUGACUAUUUCUAAUCCGACGAAGUAUGUGUAUACAGGCGGAAAAGGUUGCGUGAAGGUGUGGGACAUUAGUCAAGCUGGUAGCAGCAGUGCCAAACCAGUCUCACAAUUAGACUGUCUUCAGCGGGACAAUUACAUUAGAUCAGUUAAACUAUUGCCCGACGGCCGAACACUCAUCGUCGGUGGAGAGGCCAGCAACUUGAGCAUUUGGGAUCUAGCCAGUCCCACACCCAGAAUAAAGGCCGAGCUAACGUCUUCGGCACCAGCCUGCUACGCACUCGCGAUCUCGCCGGAUUCGAAAGUUUGCUUCAGUUGCUGCAGCGACGGUAACAUUGCCGUUUGGGAUUUGCAGAAUCAAACACUCGUUAGACAAUUCCAAGGUCACACUGAUGGUGCAUCCUGCAUCGAUAUAUCAGCUGAUGGCUCGAAACUGUGGACUGGUGGAUUGGACAAUACCGUUAGGUCAUGGGAUCUAAGAGAAGGUCGACAACUGCAGCAACACGAUUUUACAUCGCAAAUCUUCUCUUUGGGUUACUGUCCCACUGGCGAAUGGUUAGCUGUGGGUAUGGAAAAUUCUAACGUCGAGGUGUUACAUGCUACAAAACCAGAUAAAUAUCAACUACACUUGCACGAGUCUUGUGUAUUAUCUUUAAGAUUUGCUGCAUGUGGAAAGUGGUUUGUUUCUACUGGCAAGGACAACCUUCUCAAUGCAUGGCGCACACCUUACGGCGCUUCGAUUUUCCAAUCCAAGGAGUCAUCAUCAGUUUUAAGUUGCGAUAUUUCGACAGAUGACAAAUACAUCGUCACAGGAUCAGGAGAUAAAAAAGCUACAGUUUAUGAAGUGAUAUAUUAGAGCGCUGCAGCUGUAUACUGUUUAUAUUAUACAUAAAUGAAAGGAAAAUAGGUGUAUAAGUUUGUUAAGAUAUAUUUAUAAAAAAAAAGAACAAGCGCUGCAGAAAAAGGCAGGACGCAAAAUAAAUCGAAGAUCGUCGGCUUGUUAUGUGGUACGAAUUUUUAGCAAGUAUUUUAUAAAACUAAUGAGAAAAAAGUAUAAAAACGAUGUGUGCGCAAAAUAGAAACUGUGGUGCUAUAUUGCGUUUGAACCAUUUUUAAAACGGAAUUGCGCAUCUAUAGUUUGAGAUGAUGGCGUACUUUAAUUAUGUUUUUGUGAAACCAUUGUUAUUUUAUGGUCACGAAUUCUGUAACAAAACAAUUUUUUUUAGAAAUUGAAAUAAAAUAAGCACUUUGACUAUACUAUUAUUAUUUUAAUGGUAUUUGUUGAUAUUAAACUCGUUUUAUUAAUUUUUUUCUUAUUUACCCGUACGAUAUACUGAUUAGCUCUAAUAAAGUUGCUUAGAAUCUCAUGUAAAUGUUCAAGGGAUUUAUCGCACUACCAUACUGAUAAGGAAAGACAGAAACAUUAAUAGCUUAAAUAUAACACAUUGUAAAAAAGUAUGAAAGAUAAACUUUAUGUACUUGUAUGUAGAAAGCGUGUUAUAAGAGUAUAUAUCAGUGAUAAUAAAUGUCUAUUGAUUUAUCCUUCGACACCUUUUGUCGCCUGAGAAUCUUGUAAUAUAGAGUUUAUUAAUUUUCAGACGUUUAUGUAUGUAUUUGUGUAUGUACGAAUGGUCAUUAAAAUUGUGAGAGCCGAGAGAAAGAUUGUUCGAUUCAAUGUUGUGGGUAUAGAAUUAAGAAGUGAAUAUUGCGAAUAAUCGUUAAAAGAAUAAAUACAACUUUUAAAAUGAA